AUGGUUCGUGAUUUCGUGAUAGGCUGCGUCGGUAAACCUUCGUCGGGUAAAUCAACAUUUUUCAAUGCCGUAUGCAUCAAUCCAAACGCCAAAACAGCGGCGCACCCCUUUACCACGAUCGAGCCAAACCAUGGCGUCGCCUUUUUCACUACGGAUUGCCCAUGCGUGAAAUAUAACGUGACAUGCGCCCCGUCCUUUGGCAGUUGCAGGGAUGGCGUGCGCAAGGUUCCAGUCAAGCUGUUGGACGUAGCCGGGCUGAUACCCGGAGCGAAUGAGGGCCGAGGUAUAGGUAACAAGUUCCUAGAUGACCUGCGUCACGCCGACGUGUUGAUGCACAUCAUCGACGUUUCGGGCAGAACCAACGAGAAGGGAGACGCUACCAUUGGCUAUGACCCUUCAGGAGACCACAUGUGGCUUGUUGAGGAGAUCGAGCUAUGGAUAUUCAACAAUCUGCAGCCCAAAUGGGCCCCUAUGGCGAGGCGCCACGCAAUGAAGAAAGACAACGCCGUAACGACUCUCCACGGGAAGGUUUCCGGCUACAUGGCCACAGAAGCCUUGGUCUCCAAGGUUCUUGAUAUUAUGGAGGUGAAGCAUUCUCAAUUUGUGGACCUAUCGCAGUGGGAUGAAAAAGAGAUCCGCCGCUUUGUUUCCGUGUUCGUUCAAGAACGUUUCAAAUUUGUGUUGGUUUUAAACAAGGUCGAUUCGGAGGGUGACACUGACGAAAAUUGCCUGAAGAUUUGCCAGCGUCAUCCGGAUGUUCCUAGUGUGAUGUGUAGCGCGCUGGCCAUGUGUUUCUUGCGCAAGAUGCAGGCACAGGGCUACAUAGAUUACUUUGAGGGAGACAACGACUUCUACAUGAACGGGGAUGAUGCGGAUGAUCCUCGCAACAAGGUGCUUAAACAGGUGGACGACAAGCUGCGUCACAGGCUCCGUAACAUCCGGGACCUCGUGCUCUACAGGUUCGGGUCAACUGGCGUGACCAAAGCACUGAACGAGGCUAUUAAAGCUGCUGGGAUUGUGUGCAUAUAUCCCGUUAAGAGUCUGAAGACUUUCGGGGACGAUGACGACAGCACCAAGGCGUUCCGCACGUGCAUGACCGUCAUGCCAGGCACUAGUGUGCGCGAUUUCGCCAACAUGCUCGGCCCGGAGAUCGGCCGCAACUUUUGCAAGGCAGUGGGCGUGUCAGGCAUGCAGCUGGCUGAGGAUAAGGUGCUGACGGAGGAAGACAGCGUCCUCAGCAUUGUAACAAAGGCCAUCCAAACUUAA